CAACCUGAAUGGCAAUGGCUUUGUCGGUAUCUCCUCACAAGCCAUUCCAGCCAAUGUUGGCCAGCUCAAGGCUCUCAAGAUGGGCAACAACAAGCUCACAGAGGUUCCGCCCAUUGUUUCCGCAUUUUCCCCCUCCUUGCAACACCUGGAUGUCAGUGGCAACAGAAUCACUGCGUACCCAGACAUUGUCACCUCACUCACAGCCCUGCGCCACUUGGACCUGAGUCGCAACAGCAUCUCAGGCGACUUCCUUCAGGCCUACGUUGCCCUCACAUCUCUCCAGCACCUAGAUGUUUCUCACAACAACUUCACGGGAAUGCUACCGGUGCUCACCACUCUCACCCUCUUGACAACCAUCAAUCUGGGUUACAAUAAAUUCGAAGGGGCUGUGUCAACGGAAUUCGGCAGCACUAGCUACCUCCAGGAGAUAAACCUGCAGAGGAAUCAGUUGUUGGGGCCAUUGAGCGGGGACUUCACUAAGUUUAAAGCCCUCAAGUCACUUACUCUCUCCGGAAACAAUAUCUAUGGGUUUCUACCACUUGACUACAGCAAGUUUACCAGCCUGGAGUGCCU